AUGAAGCUAAAGGACUUGAAAGUGAAGAACUAUCUCUUCCAGGCCAUCGAUUGCACAAUUCUUUACACCAUUCUCAAGAAGGAUACUGCCUGCUUAAUAUGGAAUGCCAUGAAAAAAAAGUUCGAAGGGAAUGCAAAGGUCAAGAGGUCUCAUCUUCAAGCUCUCCGUAGAGAAUUUGAAACUCUUGAGAUAAGGUCCGGUGAACGAGUGACAAAGUAUUUCUCUAGGGUCAUGAUAGUGGCAAACAAGAUGCGAAUUUAUGGAGAAGAUAUGCAUGAUGUUAAAAUGGUGGAGAAAAUUCUACGCUCUUUAACUGAGAAGUUUAACUAUGUUGUUUGUUCUAUUGAGGAGUUAAAGGACAUUAAUGCUCUCACUAUUAAUGAGUUACAAAGCUCAUCAAUAGUACAUGAACAUAAAUUCCAGAGGCACAAUGAUGAGGAGCAGGCCUUGAAGGUGACACAUGAAAAAAGAAGAUGUCGUGGUCAUGGUGGCUACAGAGGAAGAGGGACAGGUUGA